GAUGAUGAUGAUGAUGAUGAUGAUCUUGAUGAAAAUGAUCAAUCAAAUCCUUUUAAUAAUAUUUCAAAUCAAACUAUUAAUUGUAUUUAUUUUGAUAAUGAAAAUUUUGAAUUAUAUAAUAAUAAAUUAACUAAAAUUAAUAAUUCAUCAACUUUAAGAAUUAAAUGGAUUGGAAAAUUAUUAGAUAAACCAAAAAUUAUUAUGGAAAAGAAACAAUUUGAUGCUAAUUCAAAUUUUAAUAUUGAUGAUAAAUUAAUUGUUAAACAAAAAUAUUUAAAUCAAUUUAUAAUUCAACAAGAAAUUCCAUCAAAAUUAAAAAAAUUAAAUGAUGAAACUAAUCUUAAUCAUACUUUAAAUUUUAUUAAAGAUUAUCAUUUACAACCAAUCUUAAGAACAACUUAUAAUAGAACUGCUUUCCAAAUCCCAGGUGAUGAUAAAAUUAGAAUUAUUAUUGAUUCAAAUUUAACUUUUAUUAGAGAAGAUUCUUUUGAUCCUCAAUUACCUAUUAGAGAUCCAUCAAAUUGGCAUAGAUUAGAUAUUGAUUCAAAUCCAACUAAGACUCAACAAUUUUUAAGAAAAGGAGAAUUUUCAAAAUUCCCUUAUUCAACUAUGGAAAUUAAAAUUAAAAAAUCAGCAGCUAAAAAUUUUAAAAAAUUAAAUUGGAUUAAUGAAUUAAUUAAUUCAUCUUAUUUAAUUAAAGAAAUUCCAAAUUUUUCAAAAUUUAUUCAUGGAGUUGCUUCAUUAUUUUUAGAAGAUGAUAAAUUAGAUAAUAUUCCACUUUGGUUUAAUGAAUUAGAAAAUGAUAUUUCAAAUAAUUCAUUAUUAACCAUUAAACCAAAAAUUCAAGUUCAACCAGUUACUCCUCAACAAAAUCAAUUAUUAGAUGUAGAAGAUUUAACUAAUGAAGAUAAUUUAUCUAAAUUUAAAGAAAUGAUUCUUAAAAAUAAUAAAUCUAAUUUUCAACCUAGAUCUGCUUCAUUUUCAGGUUCUUUAUUAUUAAAUUAUGGUAAUACUAUUGAUCAAGAUUCUAUCGAUACUGGUAAUCAACAAAUCCAAUCUAUUCCUGAAGAAGAUUUACCGGCUGGAACCACUACUGCUACUGAUGAUCAAUCUAGUGAUUUUGAUGAUGAUGAUGAUGAAGAUGAUGAAAUUUCUCGUCUUGGUAAAAGAAAUCCAAUCUCAAGAUUCUUUAAUUUACCAAAUCAAUUUUCAAAAUUAAUUGAUGUUGAUAGUGAAGAAGAAGAAGUUGAAUUACCAAUUGGAGUUACUAAACCUGAUUCUUGGAUUAAAAAUGCUGGACCUUUGAAAAUUGAACCAAAAGUUUGGUUAGCUAAUGAAAGAACGUUUAAUAGAUGGUUACAUGUUACAACUUUAUUAUCAUCAUUAACAUUUAUUAUUUAUAAUUCAUCAUUAAAUUCAAAUUUCGAAGGUUUAUCUAACUUUUUAGCUUACUUUUAUUUCAUCUUAACUUUAUUCUCUGGUGUUUGGGGUUAUUAUAUCUUUAUGAGAAGAAGAACCAUCAUUACUGAAAGAUCAGAUACUCAUUUAGAUAAUUCUGUUGGUCCAUUGAUUGUCGCUUUUGGUUUAACUGUUGCUCUUGUGGUUAAUUUCGUAUUUGGUUGGAGAAGUUUAGAUUUGAAAUUCGAUGAUGAAUUCUAUACUACCAAUAGUUUCCAUAAAGGGGUUCAUGAAUAUGUUGUUAACUUAGUCAACUAAGACCUUUCCCUUAAUCUUCGUCAUGUUGUUAUUUUCCUAUAUUUUUGUUUCUACUUAUUUUUUUUAUAUUAUAUUAUUUAUCCCUACUUUUAUAAAAGUAUUAAAAUUCCAAAAAAUAAUUCAUACUUACUUUUUAAUAAUAAGACUUAUACAUCUGUCUGUCUCCGCCCUUUUUAUAUACGUCAAUCCUAUCUAUAUAUAUACGUUUAUAUACAUAUCAUUUCAGUUUUGUUUUACAAUUUUAAU